CACCGUUUGUCAUUGGUGAAGUCCCCAGACGGCAGCCGGUGGGUGAGCGCGGGGCUGGGGGUGAGACCCCAAAGCAGAGCCCCGUAGGGUCAGCCGGAGCGAGGAGCUGGGGGUGAGCGUGGCAGGCUAUGGGAUGGAUGAAGCUGAGCAGGACCAGUAUGAAGCCCGCCUCAAGGAGCUCUUCGACAGCUUUGACAGCACGGGCACGGGGUCGUUGGGGCAGGAGGAGCUCACUGAUCUGUGCCAUGUGCUGCACCUGGAGGAGGUGGCCCCGGCGCUGCAGCAGACCCUGCUCCAGGGCAACCUCCUAGGCAGGGUCCACUUUGAUCAGUUCAAAGAAGCACUUAUCCUCAUCUUGUCCAGAACACUGUCAAAUGAAGAGCACUUCCAAGAACCAGAUUGCUCCCCAGAAGCACAGCCCAAAUACAUCAAAGGCAAUAAGCGCUACGGCCGCCGGUCGCUGCCGGAGUUCCAGCAGUCAGUGGAGGACUUUGCUGAGGUGACCGUCCUGGAGCCCCUGGGAGAGGAAGUGCAGCCUGCACACAUCCCGACCAGCGGCCGUGAGGAGCGCUGGAAGACGCAGGACAGCGAGGAGUACGAGGCAGAAGGGCAGCUGCGCUUUUGGAACCCAGACGACCUGAAUGCCUCCCAGGGCACAUCACUGCCCACACCGGAGUGGGUGGAGGAGAAGCUGCAGGAGGUCUGUGAGCACCUCGGCAUCACCAGGGAUGGCCACUUGAACCGCAAAAAGCUCAUCUCCAUCUGCGAGCAGUUUGGGCUGCAGCACAUCGAUGGGGAGGUGCUCGAGGAGGUGCUCCAUAACCUGGAGCAGGAUGGCACUAUGAGCGUGGAGGAUUUCUUCUACAGCUUGUUUAGGAAUGCAAAGCCACUGACACCCUCAGCAUCUACCCCGUACCGACAGCUGAAGAGACACCUCUCCAUGCAGUCCUUCGACGAGAGCGGCCGCCGCACCGCAGGCCCCGGCGCCAUGCCCAGCACCAUUGGGUUCUGCCUCUUCUCCAGCCUGGAUGACGGCAUGGGCUAUGGCUGUGUGGAGGGCAUCCUGGACUGCUGGCACCAGGAGGGCGUGGAGAACAGCCAGGACGUCCUGAAGGCUUUGGAUUUCAGCUUGGAUGGGAAGGUGAACCUGACCGAGCUGACGCUGGCACUAGAAAAUGAGCUUCUAAUAACCAAGAACAGCAUCCACCAGGCAGCCCUGGCCAGCUUCAAGACAGAGAUCAGGCACUUGCUGGAGAGGGUUGACCAAGUGGGCAGAGAGAAGGAGAAGCUGCGCUCGGAUCUGGAAAAGGCUGAAAAACUGAAAUCUCUGAUGGCUUCUGAAGUUGAUGACCACCAUGCAGCAAUAGAGCGCCGGAAUGAGUACAACCUCAGGAAGCUGGAUGAGGAGUACAAGGACCGGAUCGCAGCUCUGAAGAACGAACUGCGGAAGGAGCGCGAGCAGAUCCUGCAGCAGGCUAACAGGCAGCGGCUGGAGCUGGAGCAGGAGAUAGAGAAGCUGAAAACUGAUGAGAACUACAUCCGUGACCGCCUCACGCUGUCCCUGAAGGAAAACAGCCGUCUGGAGAGCGAGCUCCUGGAAACAGGAGAAAAGCUGGCUGAGUAUGAAAGCCUGGCAAGCAAACUGCAGAGGAACUUGGAAAAUGUCCUGGCUGAGAAGUUUGGGGACCUGGAUCCCAGCAGCGCCGAGUUCUUCCUGCAGGAGGAGAGGUUGGCGCAGAUGAAGAGCGAGUAUGAGCUGCAGUGCAGGGAGCUGCAGGACCAGAUCGAUGAGCUGCACUCGGAGCUGGAGGAGUACCGCACUCAGGGCAAGGUGUUCAGGCCUCCUCUGAAAAGCUCACUGUCGGAGGAGUUUGACAUUGAUAUCAAAAGCUAUGGCAACAGCGGCGUUGAACCUGACCAGGGACUUGGGUCAGAAGACUGCAAUCCAUUAAAUAUGAGCAUAGAGGCUGAAAUGGCCAUUGAGCAAAUGAAGGAGCAACAUCACAGGGAUUUGCAUAACCUCAAGCAGGAGCUGGAGGACACUGUGAGUCACUACGAGAAGCAGCUGGAUGAGACAAAAAGUUGCUGUGAAAGGGAGCAGGAGGACAUGAGGAAGAAGUACGGCGAGGAGAUGUGUGUGAUGGAGAAGCAGAUUGCUGGGCUCAGAAGCCAAGUUGCAGAGCUGCAAGGAGAGGCUGCAGCGCUCAGGGAGCAGCAAGAAAAGCUGGGCUGCGAGCAUAACGCUGAGAAAAGCAAGCUGCAGGUCAGCUUCAGUGAGGAGAAAGCCAACCUGCAGGAGCUCCUGAGGCAGGAGCAUGAGGAUGAUGUGAGAGCCAGGCUGGAGCAGGCGAAUGAGAAGUUCAGUCGGGAACGGGAGGAGCUGAUCCAGAACGGUGUCUGGGCAGAGGAGAAGAUGAGAGCGCUGCUGCAGGCGCUGCAGGAGGAGAAGGGAGAGCUGGAGCACGGCUUCCAUCAGCAGCUGGAGGGGAUGGCAGAAGCGCACGCCCUGGAGAAGGAGGAGCUGCUGAGGAAGCACAGGCAGGAGUUGGAGGAGGAGAGGCAAAAAAUGGCAAGUGACUAUAACAGAAGAGCAUCUCAUGCUGAAAGCCAGUUCUCUGCUGACACCCAAACCCUUGUGAAUAAGUAUGAAGAAGCCAUCCAAAGUCUGGAGGGCCGCUACCAGCGAGAGCUGCGUGAGCUCCUGGAGCUGCAGAGAGAGGAGAAGGCUCAGUGGGAAUUCGAAAGGGAUGAAAUUGCCCAGGAGGUCGCUGAAGCCCACGAGCAGCUGAAGGAAAGCCUGGCGAAUGAGAAGGCUGCUUCUGUUGCCCUGAGCCGAGAAAAAGAGCUCCUGGAGAAGAAGCUGAAGGAGGAGGUGAAUGUGCUGGUGUGCGAGAAGGAGCAGCUCCAGAAAGAGCUGCAGGAGCUGAGGGAUGCUGCUGAGGAGCGAGAGAGGAAGCUGAGCAGGGAGAUGCUACAGCUUCGAAGUGACCAUGAGAAGGAGCUGAAGGACAAAGAGGAGCGUCUCAACACAGUGGAGGACAGUGGGAAGCUGGUCAGCCAAAGGCUGGAGAGACUCAACAGUGAGUAUAAGCGGGAGAAGGAAGAGCUGAAUUCCAAACUUCUCGCCUUGGAAAGCUUAAACAAAGACAUUUGUGUGAAAGCAGAAGCAGAAAAGGCAGAGAUGAGUUUGGAAAUCUCGAACCUCCAAGAAAAAGUGCAGAAGCUGCAGUGGGAGAACCUUAGUUUUUCUGCACUACGGGAUCACUAUCGGGUCCUGGAAAAGGAAUACGCCAAAGCAAAGAGCCGAAUAGCUGCUUUCUCUGGUAGGGAGCCUGUGGGAGAUGAUGCGGAUGUUCUCAUAAGCCUGCAGAGAGUGCACGAGCAGGCUGUGAAGGAGAACGUCAGGAUGGCUGCUGAGAUUGUCAGGCUGCAGCAAAGGCUGUGGGAUGCUGAGUGCAGAUCCAUGGGGCAUAGCCAGCCUGAGUGCUCCGACCCCGCAGGGCUGCCCUGCGGCUGCGGAGAUGAAAGCAAGGGAGAGGAUCUGGAUGGCUUUCAGCUCCUGGAGGCUGACACUGCGGACCUGAAGGAAGGGAUGGGUUCUGGUUUGGAGGAGCCGUGUGAUGGGAGCGGAGUGGACAGUGAUGCUCCCGAGGUGUGGGUGUGCCACGUGCCAGGGGGUAAAAUGGCUCUGGAAAGUGAUUGCAACCCUGAUUUGGACAAGGAUCAAGAGGUGGUUUCUCAGGUGCCCCUGCUGCAAAAAAAGAGAGAUCUGGAGAGAGGACCCAGGCUAAAAAUACUCCAAAAUGGUAUUAAACAGCAGAAUGUGUCUCUGCUGAGUAACAGAGCAGCUCCCAAGAGUAAAAGCCUUCAUCCUGAUGCUUCAAAGCUGCAAGCUGAGCUCAAGCACGUCAAAGAACUGGAACGUGCUCCUGGAUCGAUGAACGGUGACCUGCAGAGUGCAAUACCUCAACUGUGGGAGAGGGUUGAAGAGCUGCAAGACAGAUUGUUGGCACAAGCCAGGCUGCUGUCACUGCAGGAAGAAAUCCAGGCCGAAAAUGAGGGCCUAAAAUCUGAAGUGAUGAAGUUAGUUGAGAAAAACAGAGUCCUGGAAGACACCCUGCGUGAGCUGAGGAGCUUUCAUUGCGAGCUGGAAGGAAGUGACCUGGGAAGUAGGAAGCUCUGGGAGGAAAACACGCAGCUCCCCAAAGGGGAUAGAGAAUGGACAGGUGGCCAAACCCAAAGUGCUGGGGGAGAAAUAGAUGUGUCCAGGGAAGAGUUAAGGCUGCAGUGCCAGCUUGGAAAGCCUGAAGAACGGGUGGCAGUGCUUAAGGUUCUGCAAGAUGGGCAUGCCCAAUGUGACAGCACGAUGGAGGAAACACCAACAGAAAAGAGGGGUCUGCAGGAGCACAAUGGGACGCUGGAAGAGGUCCCCACUCCGGUUAACCCCAACGGCAUGCAUCUCCAGGAGGAGGAGAGGAACACAGUGAUGCAUGGCUUACAGAGCACGUGCACCGAGCUGCAGCAAAAAGUUGAUCUUUUGAGAUGUGAGGCUGAGAAGCUCAGAGAAGAAAAUGCCAUUCUGAAAAGCAGAGUGACACUGUUAAACGAGGAGGGCAGUGCUUCCAGCCUGAGACUGUGGGAGCUGAACGGAUCCCGGGAGGAGAUGCGGCAAAAGAUAGAGGCAGUAAGGAAGGAGAAGGUGGCUGUGCAGAAGAUGGUUGACAAUCUGAAAAAGCAGGUAGCAGAUCUGAAGGCCAGGAACCAGCAGCUGGACUCUGAAAACACAGAACUGAGCCAGAGAAACUCCAAAAACCUAGCAGAUGUGCAGGAUCUCAACCAGCAGCUGGCAAGGGUGCUCAAGCAAAAGGAAAGGGAGGCAGGAAAAUGUACCCUGGAGGAGUGGGAAAAGGAGAGAUUGGCACUGAAAGAGGAACUAGAAAGCAAUAAAGCGAAGUCAUCAAAUGUGGUGUCCUCCUUGGAGAUGGAGCUGUCAAAAGUGAAAGUCCAAGCUCAUAUGUUGGAGCAGGAAAACCACCUUCUCAAGGAGGAGCUGGAGAAGGCGAAACAGCUGCCCAGAUGCCCUGACCUCUCUGACCUUCAGAACGAAGUCUCUAUCUUGAUGACUAAAAAUGAGAAGCUGCUGAAAGAGAAGGAGGCGCUGAGUGAGGAAUUAAGCAGGCGUAUCGAUAAGGUGGCCAAGGUGAGCUUCUUGGAGAGCGCGGUUGGCAGCUUGAAGCAGGAGCAGAAGUCCUGGGAACAACAGAGUCAGACCCUGAAAGCACAGCUAUCAGUUUCACAGGAGAAGGUUCAGAGCUUGGAUGAGACCCUGCAGAACAACACCCUCCAAAUGUCCCGCCUGAGGUCGGACCUGCGGGUGGCACAGCAGGAGAAGGAAGCUCUUGAACAAGAGGUGAUGUCCUUACACAAGCAGCUGCAGAACGCCAAUGAGAAGAACCGGGUCCUAGCACGGGCUGUGCCUUCCCCAGGGUGCUCACAGCAGGAUGAACUGGAGCAGCUGAUGGCCCAGGAGCAGCAGCUGCUGCGGCAGGAGAAGGAGCGGCUGCAGAGGGAGGCCCGCAGCUCUGCCACGGAGUUGGUGCAUGCCAGGGAAAAGAUCCGACAGCUGGAAUCCACUGUCCUUUCCUUAAAGCACCAGAAGCAUCAAAGCCAGUCAGGUAUCGUCAAAGCCAUAGAGCAGGAGAAAUUAAGCUUGAAGAGAGAGUGUGAACAGCUACAGAAGGAGCUGUCCUCUGCCAACAGAAAGAUCAGUCAGAUGAAUUCUCUUGGACAUGAGUUGGAAACAAGCUCAGAGAAUGAAGGGCUAAGGAAAAAGCAAGUCAAGCUGGAUGAUCAGUUAAUGGAGAUGCGACACUCGAGCGGCAGCGGGAUGCUUAGCCAGCCCCUGCACCCCUGGGAGCUCCUGCAGCAGGGCUGUACCAUGGUGCCCAGGGAGCAGCUCCUGCAGCUCCAGCAGCAGCUGCUGCAGGCGGAGCAGCGGAGCCAGAGGCUGCAGGAGGAGCUCGAAAGCAGACCUUCUGAAACCAACAUGCAGCAGGGGGGCCAUGAGCAGCUUCUAAAGAUGAUGGAGGAACGUAUGAUGGACGUUGAACAGAAACUGAGGCUUGUGAAGAGGCUUCUCCAAGAUAAAGUGAAUCAGCUGAAGGAACAACUUUCCAAGAACACCAAAGCGGACGCAGUGGUGAAGGAUCUCUAUGUUGAGAACGCUCAGCUGCUGAAGGCUUUGGAGAUGACAGAGCAGCGCCAGAAAACUGCUGAGAAGAAAAACUAUUUACUAGAAGAGAAGAUCGCCAACCUCAAUAAGAUCGUAAAGAACUUGGCAUCCCCGUCAUUCAGCUCAGCAACUGAGUUAAGGUCAUAGCACAGCCAUUAAGUAUGCCACAGUCCCGUGCACUUUACUGGAAUUUUAAUAUUUCAGCCUUUCACUGCGUUGCCUUUUGGUAUCGAUGACUUUUAGUUAAGAGAUGCCUCCAAGGGGAUGGCAGAGCUGAAUCCCAAUCAGGCACUGCCAACAGAGAUCCUUUUGUUGAUUCCCAAACUAUUUUUCUGCUAAGUUUUGUCUAAGAGUAAUCUUUGCUAUGUAAAAAAAAAAGAAGUUUUUUUUUUCUAGGUUAACUUAUUUUGAUACCUUGGUUUUAAUUUAAAACACGAAUUCUGAGUUUACUGAAUUGAUUAUUUCUAUUUAGAUUGAAGCACAGGCUGCUGGUAUUGAAUUAAUGACUUUAAAACCCUUCUGGCUUUCUGGGAUACUUCUUGGUGCAAACCCAGUAAUACUGAUAGAAUCAGGCUCAUGUGAGCUGGAAGGGACCUGUGGGUCAUCUGGUCCAACUAGAACGGGCAAUGAGGGGGGACAUAUACAGUCUGAAUGCUGCUGAUGGAACUGCUAUUGAUAGCAAGGCUUUCGUGGUGUUGUCCGUAUCCUGCAGUAUGAUUCUAGUUUCUGUAAAGCAACACGUUCCACUUAAGCAUUGGGAAUCUGGGAAGAAAAGCAGUGAAAAAUGUGUACAUAGACUACUGCCUCCAACUGACGUAACUGUGUUUCAUUUGGAGAAAUGUCCCAGGUGGCAAAUAAAGACUACUGCUCUUUUUUAUUAUUAUUUUUUAAGAAAUUGUAGAGGCCUUACUUUGUUGUUGUUGUUGUUAUACUGAACGAUAGAAGAGUCACCAAACAGAAGUGAAGAAAUGAGUUCCUGUAAGUUGUACCUUCAGUACAGUGGUGGGGUAUGCUUAUUGCAUAGCUGGCAGAAGAGGGGAACUUGGUGAUGUGGCUCUGGGCAGCCUGGGCUGCUGGUUGGCGACCCUGCACAUAGCAGGGGGUUGGAACUCAAUGAGCAUUGUGGUCCUUUUCAACCCAGGCCAUUCUAUGACUCUGUGAUCAGACCUUUGUCACUAAGGCAGUGCUCUGUUUGAUGUGGUAAUUUGGAAGGACGUGUCCUUUGUAAUGAGUCUGAGUACAGAAGCUAUACUCGAUGUUGAAUACAAAGAACUCAGGGAAUAAAAAAUUAGUUUCCUUCGGUUUAAUAAAUGUGGACGUUCAUGUCAGCAGAUGGAGGUUAACAUGCAUUAGGGAGAGCAGGAUAAACAGAAUUACGUUUGGUUGAGUGUUACCUCCAUACUCCUCGAGCAACUGCAGUGGUGCUAUAGUCAGGAAGGCUGAAGAACACGCAGCUUUGUAAUGACAGGUGGUAAUUAUACCUCCUAUCUGAUGAGUUCAUGGGAAACGCAGGCUUUUUGGGAACACCUUCAGGAGUGAGAUGGGCCCAACAGAAGUCGCUGAAUGAGAGCUCACGUGUGCUGGAGCUGGUUAUAACCAAUCAUUACCAACGGUCUAAAUGUGAUGCUAGCUCCCCCUGCAAAUGCUGGCCUCCAGCAGGUUGCCCAAGGAGGCUGUGGAUGCCCCAUCCCUGCAGGCAUUCAAGGCCAGGCUGGAUGUGGCUCUGGGCAGCCUGGGCUGCUGGUUGGCGACCCUGCACAUAGCAGGGGGUUGGAACUGGAUGGGCAUUGUGGUCCUUUGCAACCCAGGCCAUUCUAGGAUUUUGUGAUUCUAUAUUAAUCUGUAAAUGGUAGCAGUUGUAAUCAUAGAAUGGUUUGAGUUGAAAGGUACCCUUUAAGGCCAUCUGGUCCCACUCCCCUCAGUGAACAUGGGCACUCAGAGCCCAUCCCCUGACCUUGGGCGUCCGCAAGGAUGGGGUCCCACCAUCUCUCUGGGCACCCCGUGCAGUGCUUCAUGCUACACCUCUGCGUGGGUACCAGGGCUGUGUGUCAGCAGUGUGGUAACCGAGCACACCUUGAGCCAUGCUUACACUAUGGAAAUUAGCAACGUUUCAAAAUGUUUCCAGGGAACAACACAGGUGUGGUUCAGGUGAUCAGAACUGUGUUUGGAAAUGAAGUAUUAUCAACACCAAUUCAUAUAUUGCCCGGGGAGUGGUGGGGUCACCGUCCCUGGAGGUGCUCCAGAGCCAUGGAGAUGUGGCACUGAGGGACGUGGGCAGUGGGCAUGGCGGGGUGGUUGGCAUUGGGAAUCUUGGAGGUCUUUUCCAACCUUAAUGAUGCUGUGAUUCUACAAAAAGAAAAAAUAAAAAAGGGAGCCAAGCUCUGAUGUUAGCACUGGAAUACGGGGGAGAAGCAGAGAAAAGGGAUUCAAACUGUCCCCCUUCUCACCCUAUCCUGCCUCACUCUACGUUUCUUUCUUCCAAACGCCAACCUAACCACAGGGAAGGGCAGGAGAAGGGUGGAGGAGGAAAGCAGUAGACAAAAACUCCAAUCUCACUCGUGGAAAUGAAUUCUCAGAAGUGCCUUUUGUCAUUACCUGUGCUGGAGCCUUUCUGUGCUGUGCUGCUUUUGUUGCUGCAGGACAAUUCAGGAGAAACCCUUCCCAGGUGGGGGGAAUGGUCACGGUGCUCCAACCAGUGCUGUGUUGCUUGUUGUGCCAGCUCAGGAGACCAGCAGCUCGUCCCACAGCAUCAAGGCUACUGAAAAUGAGCAUAGAGACAUGCAGACGUGCAAAGCAUUGGUGGUCUUUUGUGCAUGAAUGUGUCUCCUACAGGCAUUUUAAUGAUACCAAAGUAUUUAGCAGUGUGGUAGGUCACUGGAUUCCUGGCCCUCCUUGGUUCAACAGGGCUCGCCAAUAGGAUAUUCAUUACUUCAUCACCAGAACGGGCUUUAAAUGCUCUCAACUCUCGCUUUAUGGGUCACUGUGAAAAUAAAGGCAUGUGGGUACCCAGGGCUGGAGCUCUGGAAGGGAUCACGCUAUGUCAAAUGGAUGUGAGCUGAAUCCACAGCCUUGAGGUACCGCGUGUCAGUUUAGGACGGUAUAGAAGCAUAGUUAGCUACACAUACUCCCAUUGCUACUUCAGGUACAAAGCAAACGGAAUCAUUUCAGUUCGGACUGAAGAAGGAAGGGCUGCAGCAUACUUUUAGCCAAGUAAUAGGCGAGGUAGAGCUGGGGGCAGCCUGGAUCUGUCAGAUACAACGCAAAUGGCAUCGCCAUCUCUCAGGUCUUCCACGGCUGCCUGCAGUGCGGGAUGCCACCACUGCUGUGUGAACGGCAGCAGCUGUGUUUGUUCUUAUUGAGUUCUUAUUGUUGUGAUGUGCUGUCCUUACACCGCCAUGUAAAGCAGGAGGAACCAACCUACGUGUUAUUUAUAAAUGAAUGUAAGAAAUAAAAAGAAAUCACUGUAAGAUC